AUGUCGGGACCGUGUCUUAACAUGUCUAACAACACUGGCUUCAUUCUGAGUGGAAUUCCUGGCCUUGAAGACUUCAGCUUCUGGAUUGGUUUUCCUGUGGUUUUAAUGUACAUUAUGGCAGUGUUAGGUAACUGCAGCCUUAUGUAUACCAUCAAGACAGAGCAGGACCUGCAUGAGCCCAUGUAUAUCUUCCUCUUCAUGCUGUCUUCUGUUGACCUUCUUAUAGCCACCACCACCAUGCCAAGAAUGUUGGGGAUCUUCUGGUUUAACUCCAGAGAAAUCCCAUUAAACAUGUGCCUACUCCAGAUGUUUUUCAUCCAUUUUCUCUCAGCUCUAGAAUCAGGUAUCCUGGUGGCCAUGGCCAUAGACCGCUACUUGGCAAUUUGCCACCCACUGAGAUACUCCUCUAUUUUAACAAAUAAAACAAUAGCAAAGACCACUCUGGGGACUGCUGUCCGGGGGGGUGCACUUUUGAUCCCUUUUCCCUUAAUUAUUAAAAGACUACCUUUCUGCCACUCGAACAUUCUAACACACUCGUUCUGCUUACACCAAGAGACCAUGAAAUUAGCAAGUGCGGAUAUAACCAUAAACAUCAUCUAUGGUUUGUUUGCCAUUCUCUCUAUAAUGGGAAUUGACUCAUUGUUCAUUUCCUUGUCAUACCUGCUAAUACUUAGAACAGUACUCAGUCUGAGUGAUGAAGUAAGUUUGAAAGCAUUCAGCACAUGCACGGCCCAUAUCUGUGCUGUCCUAUUAUACUAUAUCCCACUGAUCGGUCUGUCUGUGGAGCACAGAUGGCCAACUCAAAAAACAUCAAACCUACAUAUAGUGUUUGGUAAUAUCUACCUCCUCAUUCCUCCUGUAAUAAAUCCCAUCAUUUAUGGCAUCAAAACAACGCAGAUUCGCUGUAAACUCUAUAGAAUAUUCUGUGAGAAAGUAAACUGGACCAAAACCACUGCUGGCCUCUAG